UCGAAACGACUCGGUGGACGCAACUCGGACCUUGAAAUACGUCGAGUUUCUCAGGACUAAUUCCCCGACUUCUAAAGAUCUCUUCGAACGUCCGGUAAUGGAUGUUUCUGUCAUGAUCAUGAGGAAGAAAACUACGCUGUUCCUCGAAGUCAGUGAAGAUGCCACGAUCCAUGGGCUCAAAUUGAUGAUUCAGGGAAUUCUCAAGUGCGCUCCAGAGGAACAGCGACUGUACAUCGGUCAGACAGAGGUGGAUAACGACCAAACACUCGUCGCUCUCGGUAUCUCCGGAAGCAGGACCGGACCCCACUGCCCUGCAGGCUUCGGCUUGGCGAUCGGUCCCGAAGCGUUGGAUAUCGCUCCCCUCUCGUGGCCGUCCGAAUCUCCGGACGUAAUGAAAGGUCAGGAAGCGAAUGUCGAAAUGACCUGUUCCUGACUGUUUCGAGCUAGCUCAAUCUCAAGCCAGCCAUCGGAUCGUUCAGGGCAACGGGAAGCCUCGGGUCGAUCCCCGAAUCGGUCACGAUCAAUAAUGCUGUUCAGUCAAACAAGCGUGACGAGCGCUCAUCUCUAAUUCGACUCUUCGUCGAAGCCUUGUCGUUCUCCCCCUGUUUAGAGAGUGUAUUUUAAGCACCGAUGAAAUUGCACUGUUGUU